AUGAGUAACCCGCUCGAGGACUAUCUAGCUGCACUGGACGCGCGUGAUGCCAGGGAGAAGGCGCACGAGGCCUAUGUCAACGCCUAUACAAAACUUGCCGAUGGCACAGCAAGCCUGGCGCCUCCAGCAGCUCCCGUCGAAGAACCUUUAUCUGCCAGCGCCUCUCUCAAGGCUUUGACGAACAGAGGCAAAGGCAAAGCGAAAGGCUCCGCUACAACAGAUCCCGCACCGUCUUCUACAGUUGCGCAACUCCGCGCCGAACUUGCAGCCACUCAGCGUACCCGCGGUGACCUCGAAGCACGACUCAGUGCCACUUCUGCUGAACUCUCCGCCCUCAAAACCACAGAGACGGAACAGAGACGGCGGAUAGAACAUCUAGAAAAGACGCGCAUGGCAUUGGAAAGGCGGGCCAGGGACACGGCUGAGGAACUCAAGGGUAAAGGAAGACUUGUAGAGGACGUACACGACGAAAUGGUGGCGCUCAACUUGCAGCUGAAUAUGGCAGAGCAGGAGAAGGAGAAACUGCGCAAGGAGAAUGAUGAAUUGACCAAGAGGUGGGUCAAGAAGAUGGAAGAAGAAGCGAAGAAGAUGAACGAGCGGUCCGGGUGGGGAGAUCAGUCGCGGAGGAUCAAGUAG